GUCCUCCAUCCCCCGGACUGACGAUGGCCACAGCACGUCUUCAUAUUGAUAUGGCCAUUAAAUAUUAAGCAGAUGCAAUCAGUGGAGGUAGCAGCCUGCCAGCAGAGAGAGAUUCUGGCUGCUGCUGUGCGAAGGGGCUGGGCAGAGCGGCAGCUGAUGGAAGGUAUUAAGGAAGAGCAAAGUCCUUCAGGAAGAGCACAGUGAGGACGCAGCUGGAAAAAACAAGCAGAACACAAAGAAGGAAGAAUUGACAUCUAAGGAAGUUGGUGUAUCAUAAGGUCUUUUCCUUCCACUGGGACAUUCACACAGUUAAAUACUGGGUUAUUAGUGCAGCAAGUCCAGCUUGAAUUGCAUGUUUGUUUUACUCGCUGUGAUAACUGUGUUUGGUAACAGCGGCCAGGAGAGCAAAAGGAAAUGUAUGUAACAACCUCUGUAAUGAGCACUGUGCCCCAAGCUGGAUAUUCUUUACUAAUGGAUUUAGAGAUCUGUUAGCAUGCACAAAUCAGGGAAGAGCUGGUUGUCCUGUGACUCAGACUUCACCUUUGCAGACAGGGAUUUCCAGGUUUGCACAGUCUAAAUGGUACUCGGCAGUUUCCAUCAGAUUCCUUUGACAAGGAAGGUACCUCAGUGCUGGAGCUGGAGCAGAGUGUGGGGAGUUAAAGCAAGGUUUGUGAGCAGCAAGACUUUGGCUGCCAAAUUAAGAGUGAGAAGAGAAUUUCUGAGCAGCUUAUGAAAAUUGACCUCUGGGCCUGCUAUGUUCUGCAGGACCACUGUACCAGCUAUUUCCAGUUGAAAGCAAGUAUCAUUUAUGCCCACUGUAGCAUUGAUUGCGUUCACUUCAGGAGAAGUUCAGUUUCCUGGAUUGAAUCGUAACCAGUGAUGGGAUGUGAUGUCACUACUACAAGCUAGAGUCAAAAUGGCAGAAUGGUGAGAUGUGAGUUCCCCAUCAAAGAAAAAGUUGAAGACACAGCCCUCAGCAGGUGCACUGAUGUGCACUGUCUUUUGGGAUAGGAAAGGGGGGACCCUUUGGGAUUCCCUGGAGCCCAGAUAAACCAUCAGCUCUGACCACUACAUCAUGACAGGGCCUAAGCUGAAGGCCCAAACUUCCAGAGUCAGGCCAGAGAAGACAACCUUUCUCUUGCAACACAACACCAGGCCCCAUGCCAGUUUGAAGACCGUGAAGCACAAUGCCAAUCUCAGCUGGACCGUCCUAUCACAUCCACCAUAUAGUCCAGAUUUGGCACCUUCUGAUGGAUUAACUCUGUGCAGUAAGUUUGGCCUCGGGUCCUUCACAUCUGCCAAGGAAUUUGGAGUUUAUCCUAUCCACAGCCUUAGUAAUAAAGUCCACUGUGUUUAGUGUGCUUUCUUUGAAAAUUAUAACUGUGUAAGAGAAGCAGGUGAGUUAUGGACCUACUGAUGGUAUAAUUUUUAAUUUUCAGUUAUUUUCAGCAGAGAGUUGGUAGAGCACAGUAUUUCUGCAAUUAAUUUACUAUGUUGUGAAUACUAGUGCAGAAACAAGGCAGGGUGUGCAGGGAAAAUUAAAACUGUUGUGUUAAAAAAUCCUAGAAAAAAUCUUGUCCUGUCGUAGUAAAGUGAAGCUGAAUGGCUUAUGAAUCCUAUGGGGAAACUCAGAAACCCUUACCCAGUGUCCUACAAAACCUUCCUGCUUUCCCUCUCCUGUUAGAUAACACAGAUGGCUUUCUUGAGUUGGUAGCUGAUCUACCCCUACUGAACCUCAUUAUUUACAAAUAAAUGUGGUUCUUCAUGACGUUGGUUCUUAUUAAUCUCCAUUUUACGUCCCACUAACAAGGGGAAGACAAUGAAGUGUAGGCAGAGGAAAAAGAGUCAAGGACACUUCCCCAGUUAUCUACUGACAGAUUUAUCCUGCCCUGAGGUAGGACCUUCAAUCACCUCUGUGACUGCUGAGGUAGCCAUUUGCUGAACUCUUUUUCAGCUUAGAAAUCCUUUAUAUGGACAGGAGGAAAAGGCGAUUCUGGUGGUAAUGUUUUCAUCGAGAUUUGUGUGUGAUUUGCUUUCCAUCUAGUACUAUCCAUCUAAUAUUUUUGCUAACUGUGAUACUGCAGUGAUGUUGCUGGCUGCGUGUUUCCUCUUGAGUUAAUGAAAUGAUGUUGACUCCUUUUUAAUUUUAAUUUAAUGAUUUUUUCUUGGCUCACAAUGGAAGACUAGAUUUUUGUUGCUACCAGCUUUGCCUCAUAGCCACCUGUGAUGUGUGGAAGGAGUUCCUGGCUGGCCUGUGGAUCCACAUUACGCAGUCCUUAAUUUACACUUUUUAGUGCUCCCAAUGAAAGUCUGACAAAAAGGAAAGGCAGUCUAAAGAAACCCUGUGAAAUCAGAAUACUUCUGUUCAUUUUCCAGUCACCGUUUAGAAGUUAGCUAGUUAGCCUAACAAAUACUGAUCUUUUGUUUGCAGAUACAGCUUCAGUCUGUAAGUCCAGUGAUGCAUGAUCAGAAUGGUUGUCUUUUGGUUAUGGAGCACAUAUUUCUGACCCAAGCUUUCACCUGGAAGCUUUAUAACCUGAUAUUCUUAUCAGCUUGCAGAAAAUGCAUGUAAAGGAGUGAGUGUUUGCUGUGUUCAGUCUCUUACCACGUCAAGGCCAACUGCAGCACAGCGUGUAUCUUCUUACUGAAGGAUUCAGUAACAAAGCAGCUUUAUAUAUUGACUAAGAAGCCAGAUGAAGAGUGUUUUUCAGCUAUAAUUCUACUAUUGAUGGUCAGUGGUUUUAUGCUCAGCCUGAAAUGUCUGUUUCACAACCUAACUUCCCACGUAUUUCCACCGUUUAGUAGAAUGUGUUCUGUAAUGCAUGACUGCAGAAGACUCCCUAGAUGCAUAGUUAUCAAGAAACUAGCCUGAACUGGAUUUCUCCUCACCACUAGCCAGAGAAGGGGAUUUAACGAUGUCUCUCUCUGCUCUAAUCGGAGUUCUUGUGGUCUUGUAAAAACUGAUCUUUCUAGUCCUGCAGUCUUCCAUCCUCAUGUUAAAGUAAUAGGAGGGCGGCUUGUUGCAUCGUAUAGCUUUAGAACAAAUCUCUUACUUAGAGCUGAGUAGAAAUGUUUACGUUUAACUACAGUUGGUUGUACUUUCUGUAAGAGCUCAAAUGCUUUUGUUCUUUCAUUUGCAAAUGGUUUUAAAAUAAACAGGAAUGGCAAAUUUGUGAUGGAGUUCAUCAGGGAGUGGAUUUUCCUGUGAUAAUUUCACCCAUAUAAAUGAAACAUUCUUCCUACAAAUGAGAAACCAGUAUGUUUGGCCAACAAGGCCUGAAUCUCGUUUGAAGUGUUGGACCAUGAGGUUCCUUUAUGUUGACAUUAAUUGGAUCCAAUUCCCAUUGUUUCCAAAAUGUCUGCAUGGCUCACUGCAGCCCCAAGUGAACUUCACUGAGCUCUCCACUCAGAUAGUAAAUUGUAGUUCUGUGUAGCAAGGGUGCCAUCAGUCCCUGAGGAAUAUAGGCUUACCAGUACAACUCUGUUUUUAUUUCUAUACACACUUGUCCUGCCAAAACACUGCAUCAACAUAGCUGGUGCUGGCUCUGCUGCUGUGUUGCACUGCGCUAUUCGGUGUAUUCCUAAGGCUUAUUCUUAACCAAUGUCUCUUGUGCCAGGAUCUGAAUGCAGUUGAUGUUAGAUCUCUUUACAAUUACUGCCCCACAUCCUGCCCCUUUACUCUUUCCUCGAGUAGGUUUGUCGCUUAUUUCUUCAGGACUGUGCCUACUGUGGAACUGAGGAGUCCGAAUCACCACUGAAUGCACUGGCAGUAAAUAAGCCAUCUUAGUUGUCCUCAUCCAUUUUUGGUUCUUUCAUUAACAUUCCUGACACUUUUUUUUUAGCCCCCACAACUUUCUGUUUCUGUAUCUGCAGAAUACGUUACAUUAUAUGUCUAUUUUCAGUGAGAUGUUCUGAAGACAGAAAUUUUAAGAGAAUCCAAGUUAUUUGUUUUAAUAAGUAUCACGAUGUCCCCAAAUUCUAUCACUUCUCAGGAGAAAUUAAUUGUUCAUUAAUUCAUUCUUAAUGAAAUAGCAUUUGGAAGAGCAGCUCAUAUGUCUGCAUCUCACAUUAAGCAAAUAAUUCAUUUAUGCCAGUACACAGCAGCACUGUGAUGGUAUUGCUAUCUGAUAACUGCACACAGUUAACUCAGGUAAACCAUCAAAAGAUUCCAGAUGAAAAUUUGGUUGCUAAAGCCAUUCACUGCUUCAGUAAGUUGCAUAUUCCACAAACUUUGUGAAGAGUUCAGAAAUAUCUUUAAGGGUAAUAGGAAUACAUGCUAAGAAUGCAUUACUGCUCGCUGUAAGCCAGCUGCCUCCAGGCUGACGACAUAUCAAUAUGCAGUAUGUUCUGUGAAGCAAAAGCUUUGUUUUACAUCUGGUAUCAUUGGUAUCAAUAUAAGGUGAUGGUGCAAAAGGUAGUUAGGAUUUCAAGUGGAGAGAAUGGAAAACAUUUGUUUUUGAUAAACCAAAUUGUUCUUGCAGCAAUUCUGGACGUAAAACCGUAGCUUAGUCUUUCAGGACUAGCAUUCCCCUAUCUCAAUCAAAUACAUUUUAUAUCUUUUUCUAAGAUAAAGAUCUCUCUUUCUGUAGGCAAGUUCGAUUUCUAUUGAUACUAAUGUAACAGCCAGAAAAACUGUUUGCCGUGGCCAGGUAAACCAAAUACAGACAGUGUUCUGAUGUAAAGCCAAAUUUGGCUCAUACUGCUAGCAGAAUUGGGUACUGGAGACCAGCUGUCUGCAUACGAUGGGGCAGUUUCCCCCUUGCACUUUCUCAGAUCACGUUGUGUUUUGGUAGUCUUAGUUAGAAAGGACUUGAGUUUUGUUUGGGUCCAGAUGUGAGCGAUGGGACUUAUUCUUCAUUCCGUAUUCCCUUGAUUUUUCUCGUGCUUCCUGUCUCUUGCCAAAGCUAAAAGUUCCAAAACAGAAACCUACGGGAAGAGCUUCCCUGGUAAUGUUUGUGUUGAACAGAAACAAACAGCAAAAUGCAUUUCCUGCAAAAUAAUUUUCUUCUGGGAAAUGUAGCCUGUGUCCUAGGCCAAAGGGUCUGGCUAAGUCUGAAGAUUUUUAGAUAAGCUUUUCAAUUACAGAUUCUUAUUUAGAGCACAUGUAAGUGUCUUUCAGUUUCUCAUCUUUAAUUUCUUUUGAUCCCACUCAGCCUUGAGAAAUGUGUUUUCCCUUUGCCAGAACACUUGAUUUCUUCCUUGAAAAGGAGGUGAGUGGACCUGGGGUAAGUUAAGAGAGAAAAAGAUUUGAACAACACUGAUUAGCAAAGUGCUCACUUGACCAACUGUUGUAACUUCUAACUAAUAUCUAUAAGCAUACCAAACUUCACAUAGUCCGCGUCAGAAGAAGAGGUCUUUUCUUAGGUGUUUAGGAUGGAAUUCAUACAGCUAAAGCUUAAACACUGGAAGAUUUGCUCUACAUCAACACCUGCUGUUCUGCCCUUGCUGCAAGAAGGAAGCUGGAGCAAAUACACUUUUCAGCUGUGACAUAUAAUCCAUGUGUGGAUUAAACUGUGCAUGCAACUACAGCUGAGAAUUCCAGAGAAUCCUCCUUCCUCCACUCUGACAGUGCAAAGGAUGACUCUUCAACAUUUCCCUUCUUGUUCUAAGAAAAUUGGACUGAUUGUCAAAAGUGAUUUUGGACAUCCUUCCAAUGUUCCCCACUGGGAAGCAGAGAUGAGUUACACAUGGAAAGGAGUUCCACGCAGUACUGUGAAUUCAUCUGCUUAUCAUCUUCAGCAUUCCCAUCAAACUUUAUCACCGUUCUCUAGCCAGGAUGGAUCUAUAUGAAGCCAACAAUUAUGUGUUUGGAUUGUCCUGUUGGAUUGCUACGGUGAAAUCCAGAGAGGAGGACUUGAAGAGCUGCAGUCCCUUACAUCAACAUCAAAAUGGAACCCAAGGACAACCAUGCUGAACAGUCAGGCUGCAACCCGUCAGGAUAUGACCUACUGGCUGCAGGAGCUUCAGCAGAAGAGAUGGGAAUAUUGUAACAACCUCGAUGCAGCCAAAAGGGACAGUCGGACUUCUCCUACACCGAGUGACUUUUCCAAAGGUCUUGUUGCCAAAGACAGUCCUGAUUUGAGUAUCCUAAGCCAAAAUGCUUCAGCAGAGAGAGCUAGAAAUAUUCUAGCUGUGGAGACUUCUCCUACAGACCUAGUAGGGGAGCAAGCAGCUUCCCAGCCUGCACCAGUCCAACCAAGUGCCAUCAAUUUCUCACUUAAACAAUGGAGCACUGAAUUCAAGAAUUCCAUGUCCUCUUUAAGAAAAGGAAAUAAUGAAAACCGCAGGAGUGUAUUUUAUACAAGUGAAGAGUGGGAGCUGCUGGAUGCAACCCCAAAAGACUUGGAGGACUCCAUGGCCCUGGAAGAAAAGAGGAAGCACCUGGCAGAAGGAAAUAAAGGACUGACUAGUUCAGCUUUCCCAUUUGAUUUUGGCCGCAUUCCACAAAAAACGAGACGCCCACUGAAAGACAUGAUUGGAUCAAGCAAAAACCGGAACAGCAGCGACUCUUCUCCAACGGAGUGGUAUUCUGGUAAUGGCAACAAACUAGUCUCUGAGCUGCAAUUGAAGUAUCAGAGCCAGCAAGAAGAGUUGGAAAAGCUGAAGAAAGAUCUUCUGAGCCAAAAGGAGCUCGUGCGCCUCCUGCAGCAAACAGUCCGAUCUUCCCAAUACGAUAAAUACUUUGCAAGCCGUCUUUGUGAAGGGGUUCCCAAAGACAAAUUAGAGCUGUUGCACCAAAAAGAUGACCAGAUUUUGGGUCUCAACAACCAGCUUGAAAAGUUAAAUUUGGAAAAAGAUAGUCUUCAACAGGAAGUAAAGAAUCUGAAAUGUAAAGUCGGAGAACUCAAUGAGCAGCUGGGUAUGUUGAUGGAAACGAUUCAAGCUAAAGAUGAAGUGAUCAUGAAACUGUCUCGCCAACUCAGCGAAUGUGAGGACAAUUCAUCCUCCCCAAGUGGAUCAGUAAAUUCUCCUGUGGCCACUUGUGUUAAUAAGGAACUACAGGAACUGGACAGACUAAAAGACAGCCUUCAGGGUUAUAAGACCCAGAAUAAAUUUUUAAAUAAGGAGAUUUUGGAACUUUCUGCUCUACGAAGAAAUGCAGAAGCAAGAGAGAGAGAAUGGCAGGCAAAGUAUACUAGCUUGGAAGCCAAACUCUGUCAGAUAGAAAGUAAAUACUUGAUCUUGCUUCAAGAAGUGAGAACUCCUGUUUGCUCUGAGGAGCAGAGCCCUGCUCGUGAAGUUAUCACCCAGUUACUAGAAGAUGCCUUGAAAGCAGAAACCAGUGAGCAGCCAGAACAAGCGUUUUUCAAACCACACCUGGUCAGUGAAUACGAUAUAUAUGGUUUCCAGACGGUCCCAGAGGAUGAUGAGGAAGAGAAACUAGUAGCAAAAUCUCGAGCUUUGGACCUGAGAUCUCUUUCUCUCAGUGAAAAUCGGGAGAUCUCCACAGGGGUAAAAUGGGAAAAUUAUCUUGCAAGUACAGUGAAUAGAGAGAUGAUGCGCUGUGCAGAACUGAAGAAUCUUAUUCGAUCUGGAAUUCCACAUGAACAUCGUUCCAAGGUGUGGAAAUGGUGUGUCAAUCUCCAUGUUAAAAAAUUCAAGGACACCACUGUUCCCGAGUACUUCCAAACCUUGCUUCAAAGCGCCCUAGAAAAACAAAAUCCUGCAUCUAAACAGAUAGAGUUGGAUCUCCUGAGAACUUUGCCAAACAACAAACAUUAUUCUUCUCCCACAUCCGAAGGGAUCCAGAAGCUGCGAAAUGUGCUGCUGGCCUUUUCAUGGAGAAAUCCUGAUAUAGGAUAUUGCCAGGGGCUCAACAGAUUGGUAGCAAUUGCCCUUCUGUACUUGGAACAGGAGGAUGCUUUUUGGUGUCUGGUAACAAUAGUGGAAGUCUUUAUGCCUCGUGAUUAUUAUACUAAGACACUGCUGGGAUCUCAGGUUGAUCAGCGAGUGUUCAAGGAUUUAAUGAGUGAGAAACUUCCACGUCUGCAUGCUCAUUUUGAACAGUACAAAGUUGACUAUACUCUUAUAACUUUCAACUGGUUUCUCGUGGUGUUUGUGGACAGUGUGGUUAGUGACAUCCUUUUCAAGAUCUGGGAUUCAUUCCUAUAUGAGGGACCAAAGGUAAUAUUCAGAUUUGCCCUGGCGUUUUUUAAGUACAAAGAAGAAGAAAUCUUAAAAUUGCAAGACUCAAUGUCCAUUUUCAAGUACCUUCGAUAUUUCACGCGUACCGUCGUUGAUGCUAGGAAACUGACUGGGAUCGCUUUUGGAGACCUGAAUCCUUUUCCAUUGCGUCAGAUCAGGAACCGGAGGACCUAUCACCUGGAGAAAGUGCGUCUGGAGCUCAAUGAACUUGAAGCCAUUCGUGAGGAUUUCCUGCGUGAACGAGAGACCUGCGUAGAAAAAAGAGACCUUAUUAGUGAUGAUGAGGAGGAUAGUUGAAACUACUCAGCAUAAACUUCUCUUUGGGAUCCGGGACCCAAGUGAGUUAACGUCCAAAACUCUUUAUUAAUCCUAUCAACCAGAAUGUAAACUAGUUGCUUUCGGAAAUAUGCAGGACAGAUUUCCAAGUCCCAGCACUUUCAGAAACGUGUUGUUUUAUGGAGGCCAAACACUUUUGUUUACGUUCAUGUUCAUGGAAUUGUAUGUAGGGCACUUAUUAUCUUUCUUCGUUUAGUCAAAUAGCUGAAUUUGCUGAAACUGUUGACAGUUGUUUUCCUGCAGCACACUUUUAGUUGUCUGUAUGUGAAACAAUAGUAAGAAGAGUCUGCACAGUGUUUACUAUGUUCAUUGCCAGGCUUCUGCAUUUGUGUGAUUGUAAUCAUGUUUUUUACAGCACGAGUUCAAUGUGGGAAGACAUUUUUCGGUUUCAGGUUGGCUUAAUAAAUGACUUUUAUUGUUUUGUCCUUGGGCAAAAAAAAAAAAGCCCAUUUUUAGUCACAACUAGAAAAGAAUGGCUUGAAGCAUUAGAAGGACUUUUAUGUUCCUUUAUCUUUUCCUGAAGUGACGUGAAAUGGAUCAUCCAACAGAAGACUUUAAGUACUUAAGUGUAAGAUAAGUCCUUAUUUGUCAUUGAAUGUUCAGUGUAUACCACUACAGAGUGAUAUCAAAUAUCAUGUAUGCUUUUCUGAGCAGGUGUGUUGCUGAGGAUUGAUGCUAUUACAAAAGGUUUAAUUGAACAAAUUCUGUUCAGUUUGAGUUCUGUUCUCUUUUUUCUGGUUGUUAUCUCUCAAAAGAACAAAGCCACAACCAAAACCCAGUUAUUAGGGAAAACGAACAGAGCUUUCUGCAGGAGUACUAUCUUUUCAUACUGAAUUAGUAUUUUUUUUUCAUUAUUUUGAAUUUAAAUCACUCUGUAUAGGUCUUGAAGUAGGACAGAGUCAUCUUUAAAAAGAGACACGGCAUUCUUCCUGCGUGAACAUGUAACUAAUCUGUAAUAGUGAAAAGAUGGGAUUCAAAAAGCAAGUGUUGAUCAAAGAGCCCUAAAGGCCACAGCACACGCAUACAAAUUGAAGAUCCUUUUCCAGCAGAAAAAUGCAAUAUUUUCUUAAUCUGCUCAGGUUUUCUGUGAGCGCUGUGUGCUGAUGCUUUAAGACAGCCCUUAGGAAGGAUUUGGAGCAUCUGUGAAAAUGUGGCUGGAGGCCAUUCUUUCUCAUUUCAUCGCUAGCUGUAUUCUUAAACAGUUUUGACAAUGAGGAAGAGUUCCUAUUUAGGCGUGUGGAUUUCUCUGGUGUGUUUUGUUGUUUGUUUGCUUGUUUUUUAAUUGGCUUUUCUCUGUACUCCUGCAGUGCUCUUCCUUGAGCUGUUGAAUCUUUGUAAUGUUAGAUUGGCUUAGAUGUUGGCUCAGGAUAGAUCAUGAUAAAACUAACGUUCAAACACUAGUCAGCAAAUUGCUCAGCUCUGGGAAGGAGUGAUUAAUUGGCAGAACAAACCAAAAACCAGUGGUCAGGAGCAGUCCAAGUGCAUGAAGCUUCUGCUUCACCUCUUUCAGUUUCCUGAGGGCAGGUGGGAUUUCUCUGGCAGGUGUCGUCUUGUAACGAUUAUAAAAAGUUUAACGUGUUUGGGGAGAAAUCUUGCAUCUGUUUCACAGCACUUUUUUUUUCCCUUGUGAAUGUAUUUAUAGCCUUCUCUAAACAUGUUAUUAGUCAGUUUAUCUGGGAGGGAAAUAUUUAAUCAACGAGGUGAACGUAACUUGCAGGUUUUACUUUGACAGAUAACGUAUGCCUCUUCCUACGUAACUUCCAAUUAGCCAGCAAAUUCUUGCCAGUGAGGGCACACGGUAGAAUCAUCUUGAUCUGUAUGUCAUGUGUCUUCUAAAAUGACCCCUACCUUGUCUUGUCUCUUGUAAGGGGUAGGUGUUCUUUUUUCCUAGUUACUCUUGGUUGUUUACUUGAAUUUGUUAGGCAGGGUUUUUCAUAUUAUUGCAUGUACUGUAUUCUUUUUACUUACAAUCAGUAUUUGAAUAGAAAAAUGGGACCAGCUUUUCUAAUUUUCUACUUAGACUGUUUCUGGAAAGAGCUGGUCUCUAAAUGAGUCUGUAAUGUCCAGUAUUUUUUUGUUUGUUUGUUUUCAUCUUAUUUUCGAGUAUUAAAUGAAUUUUUUUCUAAGCUGAAGAUCUUCCUUCUAGUGGCAACAGUUGAAAUGCAGAGGUGAAGACUUUAGAUGUGUGUCUGCACAAGGAACUGGUUCUAUGGCUUAAGACAUUUCCGUGCAGAAUUCAUUAAAGUCUUUGGGCUGUGAAGCUAAAACUAACUUUAGGGAACUGUUCAGGAGGAUCUGUAGAUGACAAAACACGAGCUGCAGUAUUGCAGGGCCAUUUCUUUUUUACAUUUGUGCUGAACUGUAAAUUGUAUUACUGUGAUCCAUGAUACAAAUUGUUAAUGGAUUGUAUGGUGGAACAAAGUAGCUCUGUUUCUUAUUCCAUUAUGUGAAUCUCCUACCUGAAUAGUAGGAAAUGAUGCAAAUCAUGUUGUCUCUGGGUAUUUUGUUAGCUAUUGAAAUGAAUUGGUGUUAGCAUUAUAAAAUGAGUCGGUGUUCAUUUACCGAAGUGCCAAGCAAGCUAUUGGCUUCAUUUGGUUAAGAAUCUUCAGUUAAAAGGUCAAAAACAUUUGAAAGAGGCAUCUGAGCAGUGACUGCUAGAAAUAUAGUUAGAACAGAAAAGCGAUGCAUAUAGCAGGAAGUUUGCCUUGCUGUUACAGAUGUCUUCAGGCAAAUACUAGUUUUCUAGCAGUGCUUAAUCUGGCAGCUUUGAGCAGUAAUGCAGUUGGGGCUACACAAGAUACACAACCAGUGUUUGAACCAAAUGAACAGGGCAGAAGCGCAGUGAGACUUGUCAGCCUGCAGAAACUGAACUGUGUAGAUACGAAGUGUUCACAAUGGGGGGAAAUCUUCCAAAACAGUCUGAGGAUGUAACAUUUCAAGCAGCCACUUAGUAGGAAGUGGACUUGUUAAUGCAAAUAAAGACUGUAGAGAAUGUUUUUUUUUUUAAUUGAAGAUCAUGCACUUAUGUGCAUAGAGUUUCUUAUGCAUGAUUCCCAGUAUGUUAUGUAAACCAAACUGCUCAUUUGCAUAUUGUGGAAUAUUUCUCCAUCUUUGUAUGCUUAUAUGUGACUCUCCAGUGAAACUUGUUUAAAAAUGUUCUGUUAUCUUCUGAUAAAUAGCCAGAAUGUUGGUGCACAAUACCUCUAGCUGUUAAGACUGCACAGUAUUUCAGCUUUACCUGCAUAUGUGUCUAUCAUCAGCUGUUACCAGAUUAUCUUUUUUUUACCAGGUAUGUAAUCAAUAGAGUAUUUGGUUGCCCUUUGGGUGUCUUUUGUGACAGAUUCUUCUCUUGCCCUCAAUCUUUGUAAACAUGGUGAGAUAUUUCAGCAGAAAGGGAAAUAUUUUUGGUCAUUAUGACAUCAAGAAUGAAUGAAUUGUCCUAAAUUUGAUAAAUUGAGUUGUAUGUUCAGUCAUACUAAGGUGAGAAAAGAGUGUUAAGUCACUUUGAAAUUACAUAGCUGUUUUGGUGGACCUUUCCUUAAGUGCCAUGUUGGAAAUGAGCAAUACGCGGUACAAGAAAUUUGAAUCACAAAAUGUGAGUGAUGUUAUUUUCAUAAAGGUUGUAAAAUAAAUAGUUUACUUUGCAUUACA